GGUGGAGGCACCAGGCCAUCUCAGAAGGCCAGUGGCUUGCCAAGGGGCUAGAGCAGUCCUGCGCCUGCAGCCUCCAGAGCCAUGGGGACAGGGCUACGCAGCCAGUCCUUGCGAGGACCACGGCCCUCCUAUGGCAAGCUCCAGGAGCCCUGGGGGAGGCCCCUGGAAGGCCGACUGCGCCGGGCGCUGAGCCUCAGACAGGGGCAUGAGAAGUCCAUGUCCUCAGAUAGAGGCUCAGAAAGGCUGGAUGCCCCCCAUCAGGAGCGGCUGCCUGGGGACCUGGGGGACACGGAGCAGCUGAUCCAAGCUCAGCAAGAAGGCAGCCGGCUGUGGCUGAGGCAGUAUCAACAGAUAAGAAGAAGGUGGGAGAACUUUAUCACCAGGUUCCCCAACGUGACCCUGAGCCGGCCAGCCUCCCCAGAGGCCUUGCUGGGCACCACCAGCCAAGGAUGCUAGAAGCGAUGGGGGCCCUCGCUGCACCGGAUAAGAUGGCCAUGACUGCUGACCUACCUCUUCGUGGCCCUCUGGACUGUGGAUGGGGCGGCCUCCUCUACGUAGACUGCUCCGGCCUUCCUUACGUGGCCAACAGACGCAUCUGCUACCAGGACAGAGCACAAUGAAGCCAGACCCGUGGCUGAGAGGCUCUGGAACGUCACCUGGUCACUGGGCCAAACCCCACCUGCCCUUCUCGCCAGCUACUAGUGGUGGGUGGGGCAUGGGUCUCCCUCCCAGAUUGCGAGCCCAUCCCCAGGGCAAGGACCAGGUCUGGGCAGCCCUCAGUGCUGGCGCUCUGGGGCUGAGAGGCCCGGGCCCACGUAUUGUCACUUGGGUACUCAGUCUCCAGGUGAAGGAAGCAGGGGGUGCGUUGCCUCCCCUUGUGACAGAGGGGAAACUGAGGCCCAGAGGGUGGAUGGGGUCAUUGUCUUCCAUCUCUGGCCCCACCCCGAUCCAGCGCCCAACACAGGAAUAAAGGUUGCUGAGCUGAA